GGCAGCUUCUCUGUUCAGGAAGAAGUUGUUACACGUGAAAUCACCGGACCGGACACUGACUGAAAAUAUCUGAUACUGAGUCACAAGUUGACGCAAGAACUUCAUGACUGCUGUCCAUCUCUCCCGGGAAGACUGACAGCAGAACACAGGAGAGCGGGAGAGAAGCGUGUUUCUAAGUGCCAUUAUGAGAUGGCAUCUCUGGGCGGCCCCUUUGUGGAAAUCAAAUCCGAUGACAUCCUCUUCUACGAGAACUGCGGCGGCGGGAGUUUCGGGAGCGUGUAUCGCGCCCGCUGGCUCUCGCAGGACAAAGAGGUGGCGGUGAAAAAGCUUCUGAAGAUUGAAAAAGAGGCGGAGAUUCUAAGUGUUCUCAGUCAUCGAAACAUUAUCCAGUUUUAUGGAGCGAUUCUGGAAGCUCCCAACUAUGGAAUUGUUACAGAGUAUGCCGGCGGUGGAUCUCUGUUUGACUAUCUGUCCAGUGCUGAGAGUGAAGACAUCAGUAUGAAGCAGAUUAUGACCUGGGCCAUGGACAUUGCUAAAGGCAUGCACUAUCUGCACGCCGAGGCCCCGUUUACAGUCAUUCACAGAGACCUCAAGUCCAGAAAUGUUGUGUUGACUGCAGAUUCAGUACCCAAGAUCUGUGAUUUUGGGGCAUCCAAGUUUCAUUCUCACACCACCCACAUGUCUCUGGUGGGCACAUUUCCAUGGAUGGCCCCUGAAGUCAUCCAGAGCUUUCCUGUGUCUGAGACCUGUGACACAUACUCUUACGGAGUGGUCCUGUGGGAGAUGUUGACGCGUGAAAUUCCCUUCAAAGGUCUGGAGGGGCUGCAGGUGGCCUGGCUGGUGGUGGAGAAGAACGAGAGGUUGACAAUUCCCAGUUGCUGCCCAGCCAGUUUCGCCUGUCUGAUGAGAAGCUGCUGGGUGACAGAACCAAAAGACAGGCCAGUGUUCAAAGACAUCCUGUCCACGCUGGAGUCCAUGUGGAACGACAGUCAGUUACCUGAGGAGUGCAACACCUUCCUGCACAAUAAAGCAGAGUGGAGGUGUGAGAUUGAGGCGACUCUAGAGCGUCUGAAGCGGUUGGAAAGAGAUCUGAGCACCAAAGAACAAGUGCUGAAAGAAAGAGAGAGACGGUUAAAGAUGUGGGAGAGAAAACUCAUCGAGCAGUCCAACACACCGUUCUUUCUUCCCCUGGCCGCAGCGUUAAGCUCAGAGUUGUUUUUUGAGUCGAGUGUGGAGGAGUUGAGUUCAGAGGUGUCGUGUCAGAUCGGCAGUGCUGCUGAUGGAGAGCUGCAGGCCAUCUGGAGGGAGUUUGGUGAGAUGUUUCCUCUGGAGUUCCCGUCGGCUCCUCUGCUGCAGGCCGAUCGCAUCUCCUCCAAGACCUGCUCCCAUAGACAGGGGCGCAAGAUCACCAUGCCUUUGGGCUUGGCUGUGUUUGACUCUUCUGAUGAUAGUGAUUAGGACUGUAAUAAGGUGUCCAUUUAAUUUGCCUACCCCUAUAGUGUGGUUAAAAUGAAUUUAUAUGCACUGUCUUAAUAUGUCAGAUAUAAUUUGAGUACAAUUGAUGAAUAAUUAUGCUUUUAAUAAGGAUAGAUCUUUAUUUAGAAUUUUUUAAAAAAUUAUUUUAACCUAAAAAAUAUACACUACCAGUGAAAAGUUUGGACAUUCUUUUUUUUUUUUUAAUUCUUUUUUAUAAUUACUGUUUUACAGAUUUCUUUCCACCACAGAAUAAAAACAUAAAAUUAUUAUGUGGCGGAAGCUUACAUAGAUUUUAGAAUAAUUGUAAAUUCAUCAAAAUACAAACUAAUGUAAAACAAUAAUGAAUUAUUAGGAAAUAAAAAUUAUUUUAAAGUGCCCUAUUAUGCUAUUUUUAUAAAGGAUUUUACUUUUGAUUUGCAGUCUCCUACAACAGGUUUAAAUGCAUCCAAGGUCAAAAAACACUUGAAUUAAUAUCACAGUGCCUGAAAUGGUUCGAUCAAGGAUCCAGUCCCUCUAAACUCCGCCUUUCUGAGAGCUACUCUGCUCUGAUUGGUCAGACGGCCUAGUCUGUUGUGUUUGGUCUACCGUUUACAGUGUGUGUCGGAAACGAAACACCCAUUACCAUAUCUGAAUUUCAGCUCCGGAUCUUCCUCAGCACUUAAUAUACAGUUAGAUAUACGAAUAUACUAUAAUAUAUACGAAUCCUUUUGAAGUGAAUUGAAAACAGCGCAGAAAAGAACGUCUUCUCGACACGUCGACGACACGAGCCAAACUCUUCCAGUCUCAGCUACAGCUACAGUGUUUGAGGGUCAAAGUUAGAUGUUGUUCAUCAGCAGCCAAUGAAGACCAUAUUCUGGCAUUAUGCAAUUUUUUUUUACAAACCUACAUGGGUUCAUCAGGAAGUGAGACUGGAGAGUGAGACUUUAGAAUCGGUUCUUUCUUUUAGGAGACAAAAACUCCAUUUAUCUGCACUUUGAUCUUUGAAACUUUGGGCUUUUACAUUCACAAUCAGCUAUAUUACACACAACAUUAAAGAUAAUAUCCAAAAAAAACAUAAUAGGGGCAUUUUAAAUUGUAUAUGCAGCACACUCUUUCCUUCAAUACCCAUGUCAACUCAAUUAUAUAAAAGAGCACAUUAUUGUAAAUAAAGGCACAGUUUGUUUUUGUCUACAAAACUAAUUUGACCAUUUAAAAGAUCUUUAGGAUUCGGAGAAACAUAAACUCAAUCCACACAUUUCACUGGUAGUGCACCUCAAGUGGUCAUAUCAAAAUGAACUGCUUUAAUUCAAGUUUGUUUAGAAAUCAAAUGAGAAAUCGCUUCUUAAGGCACACAUUUAGUUACAGUGUGUUUGUGCUGUUUGAAUCUUUUUUCCAUCGGGAACAGUAUUUAUUUGCUGGAGAAAAUAUGCUGUUUUUGUAAGAAGAGUUUUAAGUGGACAUAAGUCGUCUGUCGUGCGCCGUGGAGGUUAGAGCAGUCACUUUCUCUGAUUCUCUGUAAAGGCUGUAUUAGGUGAGGCCGCUUGACGCCCACCGGGUCCUUAUGGAUGUUAUUUAUGGCAAAUGAAGUGGAUGUAUAGCCACAUGCUGAGGAGAGCGAGAGAGAACAGCAUGUCAGCGUGGCAAGGACAGCGCGCACUUACGAACAACUGACAUUUCACUGACAUUAAGAUUGGCCAAUUUGAGCAGUGUGAAGACUGUGAGGAACUCACACACCAUCAAGAAAGAGAGAGAGAGAGAAUGAAAAACAUGAGCAAGAAAGAGUAUUUCAAUAUUUCUUCCAGUAGAAAUGAAAUGCGUUACAGUCAAGUAUCUGUUCUUUUAUUCACACUUUCCUAGGAAACCUGAAAAAAAGAAAGAAAUGACAGCACUGUUCACUAGAUAUACCACUGAUAUUAAUUCAGUUAAAGACUUAUUAUAUUUAAAACUAAUAUAAUAUUAAUGAAAUAAUUAGCUACUUAGGUGUACUUACAGAGAGCACACUUUACCAUAAUGCCAAAUGAACUGUUUUACUUUGAAGUGCAUUUGAAAUUAUUAUGUUUGAAUAAUCAUUUUAUCAUGAUUCAAAGAAGCACAGUGAAAGAAAUUUUGAACAGGUAAAUGCUUUAAACUAAUUGGACUCAGCAGUAACAUCACCUAAAUGAGCAAUAUCACACAAGUAGCCGUGCGAUAUGGCUGAAUAUACGGCUACGAGUGUGAUAUUGCAUUUAUACAACAGUUUGACGGCACAAGUGUGUAAAGAAAUAAGAAAUAAAAAUGGAGUGUCUUUAAAACCCUCUUUUGUGCAGAACUACUUCCUUCCGCCACAAAUUCAAAUCUCAAAUUGACAGUUUGACCAAGCCUUCAUUACUAAUUAAUAAUAGUAAUAGUAACGAAGGAAUGUUGAGUCUCUCCAUUGAAACUCAUUGUAUUUUGUACAGUAUUAUUGAGAGGAGGGUUGAUGUCCAUAAUAUUAUAUCCAUUAUAAAAAUCUGUUUGAAUGUCCGCUGACGAAAGAGAUCUUUUUAUUUGUCCUUUUUACAGUUAAACACAUUUUCCAUAACUGCGCUAAAACAGUGUCCUUCGUUUAUAAAAGUCCCUUUCAAUUUAACAGUCUCUUGCGACUGACUCAUCCACCAUCUAAUGGCGUAUUAAACUUUCACUCAAUCCAUAUUAUGCACUAAUGAACGCUUUCUCAAUAUCAAAUACAUAUUAUUUAUUAAAUAGUAUUUAUUUAUUGAACAACAAUAUUUAAAUUAACAACAAUAGCCAUUAUAAAUUACAAUAGGAAAUAAACACAAUUGUACAAUUCAGUCAAAUGUACAAAAGCAUUUAACAUAGCACAAUUUAAUUUGCUCAGUAACAAGUAAUACAUUAAUUAAGACCAAAGAUUGCCCAUUUUAUGUACCCAAAAUGAAUUAUAUCUCAUGUUUAACCACUAUACCAGCGGCAAAUCACCGUAGCACUGGCCGAGAUCAAGCUGUUCUCGGCGGGUACACGAGCACUGAACGGCUGCUGACAGCCUGGAGCUCGCAUCUCCAAAAACAUCUAAACAAAUUGUAAAAUAGGUGCUAUGAUUAAACAGUCCCUCCUGAAAAACGCUGAAUUUUUUUUUGAUUGUUGCGGGCUAAAAUGCUUGAUUUUGCAGCACGUUUUCUUAAAAAAUGCGAUGGAAUAUGCGGGAUAUUUUUGCAAUUUUAUGCGCUGAAAUUGCGGGAACUUGCAAAAACUGCGGUUUGAUGAAAAACAGAAAAAAAUAAAAGGUGAUUCCCCCAACACCCUGUUUCACUAGGCUACUACUUUAAUGUAAAGAGUAAUUUCCUAUUACUUCCUAUGAUAAGCAAGCAUACUAAAUCACAGAAUAUUUAAGUUCUCAUUCUGUUUUAUUUCAGACCUUAAUUAACACAUGGCUCAAACUUACAAAACAUUGAGUCAAACAAGUUCUGUAGCUUUACAAAAGGAAUAUGAGUUUGUAGAAAGGCGCUAUAUAAAAUAAACGUAUUAUUAUUAAUAUCCAACAACUUCUAUAAAAAUGAAUAAAUAAAAUAUUUUAAAAAAUGUGUGCUUCUUCCUGCCUGCUUCCGCUGCUGCUUUAACCAUCCUUGGCGGUGGCAAAGUGAAAGUGGUUUUCCAGCGUCAACACGCAGUUGCACAGAGUGCAAAAUAUUUUGCCCCACACACCGGGAAACUGCUUCGUGCGGUUUUUUGCGCUUAUUUUUAUUGGCAAAUGAGAAUGAUUUGUGUGCUUCAUCAUGGUUUCAUGGUUUGCAGAUGAUGUUCACGUCGCGUAAUUACGUCACUUCAAAAGGUUCCCAUGGCAAUAGGGGGAAAAUAACGGUGCUUUACUAGUGUGAAGUAAACGCAACAUUUUUCAACUUUCUGCUAAGAUAUAUGUGACUUUUUUGCAACGAAAAUGCAGGGAUUAUGAAAUCAUGCUAGCCCCGCAUAUAUUUUGCUUGCUGAAAUCGGCAAUUUAUGCGGUGAAAGUGCGGCGUAUUUGAAAAAAAUGCGACCCCCGAAUAAAUAUGCGGAUUUUGGCUGAUUAUGCAUGAAAUCAGGCGAUCGCAUAAUCACGUUUUUCUGGAGGGACUGAUUAAAUAUCAGUCACAUAUUUCAGGUCUAAACAACUACAUUCUGGCCUUAAAACUACAGUUCGUAGUACAACAAGUGUAGUAUUUGUAAAAAAUACGGUGAUUUGCUCGGCAGUCAUGACAGUCGCUUCAAGCGAAGUGAUACAAACGAUAAAAAAGGUAGUUAUCUGCUGUUAUCACUAGAAUAUCGCACAACUCUGGGCCAAUAUGAUUCGAGAACCAGAAAGAACUGUUUUAUAAAUAAUAAUACGUAACGAUUCGAUCAGAAAGUUGCUGAUUUGGAAAACUAUAAAAAUAGCGUUCUGUCCGAGAGACUUGAUUUCAAUAGAGUUAGCAGGUUUUUAAGCUAGUGCUACACACAGAACACAGAAAUAUUGAGUACAGUAGUCCAUUUAUGAUUAUGCUGAACUGUUUCUGUAGGUACUUGUUGGAUUUAGUAGUGUCAAGUGGUUUCACGCAACUAUAUUGAGUACUUUGUACAAAUGACAAUUUAAUUGUAUGAACAAAAGAAAUUCAAUUACAGCUGACUUUUCUUUUAGUAAAUACAAAUCAUUUGAAUUUGUCGCUGUUACAUAAUAUUUAUAUGUGCAGUUUACUUAAUACAGCCUAAACACAGGCGACACUCUUCUGCAUAAUGGUAACCACAAAAUCCAAAAACAUUACAGAACCUCCUCUAAAUGUCCAACAUAACUGAACAUUAAACACUAACAUAAACUAGCAACAUCUUUCCCUAUACUUAAAAACACACAAAAUAACACUUUAAUCCCUAAAUUUACUCUCCUAAUGCGGUCCCUUGCAAAGCAUGCCGGAAACUAUGGAUCCACUGCCCAGUUACGUCAACAUUCAUUUGUGCGUUUCACUCAGCAAUGUUAAGUUGACUGAACAAACACUUAUUAAGUAAAGCUGACAAUACUCAUUUUUAGUAGAAACAACUCAGUUAAAUUAAGUUCAUGUAGUUACAUGUGUUUUUAAAUUAAUGUGAACAAGGUGGUUUGAGUGAAACUAACAACAGUGAAAGUUCAUUUUUUUGAGUGUUGGUAAAACAUUUGCAUGGGUUAUUUGUUAUAGGUAAAACUGUAAUAACACUAUGAGCAUUAGUUUUGACACCAUUAAAUAUUGAUAUUAUACCCCUUAUUGUUUCUUCAUGCUGUCUUUAUAUUUUAUCGUUGAUAGAGUGUCUUUUCUCUAUGAGAAAUGUCUCUCAUAUCAAUGAUGUAAGUGAGACUAAUAUCCUGUACUGAUGUCUAAAAAAUGUAUUUACUGAAAACACUCAGUACAUGCAAAAUUGUCUUGCUGAAAUAAAAGACUGUGACUGUUUUAACUUUUAA